UAUGGCGGAACGCAGCGGUGUCCUUUUCCCCUUUCCUUUAAUUUGCUUUUUUUUUUCCUUCUUGUCUUUCUCGGCCCUUCCCUUUCGGCCCUUGGCCUAAUGCGUCCUGGAAUGGAAUGGAAUUGGAUCGAGAAAUUGUCGAUUGGGGGGUGCUUCUCAGCUCCUGUGCUUCCAGGACCAAUUUGUCCGGUCGCAGAGCACGAAUUUUGGUCUUCGCUCCGUGUCGGACGUUUUACGUUCUCGGGUCUGCGUUUCUGCUCGCUGUCCCAAUGUCAGCCAAUCUAUUUUGCAUCCAUGUGGGCGAUGGGUCCAGUGUCUUCUUCAUCCCACGUCGCAGCGCCAUGCAUCGUGGCACGUCCUGGCGCCGCAGCCGACCGCUGCUUGCAGAUGAUGGACGACCCGUGGGGACCCAAAAGAAAUUUCCACCUCUGUGCGUACCUGGUUUUUCUUUCAAUGGCCCCUUGCUACUUUGAUUAUCCCGGACGUGGACGGGUCGCUUGUCGGAUCGCUCCGAACAGUGAGGUUUUAUCAAAUUGCCUUAUUAUAGAUGGUGCUCCGGAGAUUGGAAGGGCGUCGAUAGCGUCCAAAGCCAGGUCGGGUCAAUGA